AUGGGGAUUUGCACAUCAAAAAAAAAAGUGGAUGAGAAUGUAUAGAUAGUACCCUAUAAGUAAAUAAAUGAAUGAAUGUUUUGAUAGAGUUUGUAUAACUGCGUUUAUUUGGAAUAAGGAAAGCCAUAAUUUAUUCGAUUUUGAGAGUAAUUAAGUAGUAAAAAAGGAUAUAGAAUUAGAUUUCUCAGGUAGUUAUGAGUUAGUUAAUUAGCUACCCUUUCUAUGGUUGAUAAUUAAAUUAUUGCGUUGACAGAUAAUGUAUAAAAUUCUCAAAAAUAUAAAACAGGAAUAUGUAAAUAAACAGAUCCAAUUGUUGAGAGUAGAUUGUGAAUAAGAAUAUAUGAUGUUAUCUGGAAUGAGCCAAAAAUAAGAAUAAAGAGUAUGGGCUAUUUUAUGUAAUAGGCCUGAUUUUGAAUCAUUAAAUGUAAUUAAUCUACUUAAGUAAGGAAUGGGAACUUUAGAAAGGAGAUAUGAUUAAAUUAGGAAGAAUGAAGUUAUAGCUACUAGAGAUUAAAUAUGAAAUUGAUACAGUCUUAUAGUAAAAAGAAUAAAUAGAAAAUGAAGAUGAAUUGCAGUCCAAAGAUUUAGAAUUGGAAGCUAGUUAAUGCAGAAUUUGUUUCUCUAAGAGUGGUUCUAUAUCUAACCCUCUUUUUAGUCCUUGUAAAUGUAAUUAUCAUCAUUUAUUCUUUCAGGUAUUGGCUCUAUGAAAUAUGUCCAUCUUAAUUGUCUAUAAAUUUGGAUUCAGUAAUCAAUUAAAAUUAAAAACCAAUAGUCUUCAAUCUAAUAUAUUUGGAAGAAAAUGGAAUGUGAAAUAUGUAAAAUGACACUUCAAAGUACUUACACCUAUUAAGGUCAAAUAUUUUGCAUCAUGUAAAUACAGAAGCCAGUAGUUCCUUAUAUGAUAUGGAAAAUAACAUCUGAUGAUAAAUCUAAAGAAGGUAUUAUUUAAGUCAUGGAAUUACUUGAUAAAUCAUAAAUUAAAAUUGGCAGAGUCCCUGAUUGUGAUAUCAAAUUGAAAGAUAUCUCAGUCUCCAGAAAUCAUGCUUUUAUCAAAGUUAUCAAAUCAGAAAAUAAUAAAUUUAAAUUGCUUCUAUAAGAUAACAACUCCAAAUUUGGAACACUUUUAUAUGCAUAAUCUGAUAAAUUACUCAAAUAUUAAUUACAAUACCCAUAAAAGGUUCUCUAUCAAAUAGGUCGAAUUCUUAUUCAUGUUUAAAUAAAAGAAAAAGGCAAAUCUUAUAAUAAAUAGUAUUUGUUAUUUUUAUAUUAGAUUUACUUGUUACAGACAUCCAAAUCAAAUUUUAGUAUUUCCUAAAUUAAGCAUUAAUGAAUAAGCUACUAUUGUUCCAAAUCUUGAAAAAGACAAAGACAAUCAACUAUCAUUCUCAGACCAUAACGAAUUAAAUCAGGAUGACAUAGUUAUUAAUGUUAAAUAAAUAUGAUCACCUGUUGACGAC